GGCGUUUUUUCCCAAAGAACUAAACAAACAUGGGCCACCUAAAAAAGACCAAACGAUUUUUCUGGAGAAUCGACCCGGAAAAUUAGUUAGUUCUGAAGCUCUCAGCAAAUUAAACAAUCUGAUAGUCAAGAGAUAUGGCAGAAGAGAAUCAAAUGGUUGUCAUGAAAGAGAAGGACAGUGUGGCAGAGGACACUAUUUCGGCUUUAAUGGGAGACACAGUGAUAACUAAAGAGAAGUCUUCUGAAGCAUUUGAUGCUUUGCCAGCAAACAAGAUCGUAUGCCGCGUAUGCCAGAAGCAAUUUUCACAAUAUACUUGUCCCAGAUGCAACUUGAGGUACUGUUCCCUUCAAUGCUAUAAGGGGCAUAGUCUUCGAUGUACAGAAUCUUUUAUGCGAGAAAAUGUAAUGGCAGAGUUGCACCAGACACAGCCAGAUGAUAACUCAAAACAGAAAAUGCUGGACAUAUUGAAACGAUUUCACUCGGAAGAGGAACCAAUUGAAGACAUGGAUCACAGCGAUGAUGAUGAUAAUGAUGAUCAUACUUUAUCGGAAGAGAUUAUGCAGAAGAUUUUAUCAGGAAAUCAAGUUAGUUUGGAUGACUUAUCUCCAGAAGAAGUACAACAGUUUCAGAGAGCAGUGGCAUCUGGUGAACUAAGUAAACUAAUAAAACCCUGGGAUCCAUGGUGGUUUAACCUUUCUGCAAAAACAAUUUCAUUUAGCCACAAAGGAACUCAACUCGUGAAGCCACUGAACCAACAAGAUGAUACGGCAUUGCCACUACAGGAUACCCUUGAAGGUGGUCAAUCCAGUGAGGUUCCUCCUGGACCUGAAAGCCCACUUCUGCCUAUCAACAAACUGAGUUCAACAAAUCCAUCCCCGCUUUUGUCAGUUCACCUUAUCGAUAUUAUAUAUAGCUACUGCUUUACACUUCGCCUCUACAAUGGAGAUUGGAAAUCUGAUGCGUUUGAUGCAGCCGUGGUCGUUUUAAGCUUGUCCUCUGUAUUAGGCGAAGGUGUGCAACCUGAGAGUGUAACAGAAGCCCUAGCCCACAGCUUGAAGCAAACAUGUUCCGCAUCUUAUAAGCAUGCAGGUGGGCUUCGAUUCGGAGUGGGUCUUAUUGAUGAUGUCGUAACACUGCUUCAUCUUGGACGAAACGCACUGGUUUGUGCUCUUUGUGAUCUACAGAGACUUAUUCAGGCCGGAGGACAUGAGUUCAGAUCCGGGAACUUGAGAAAGUUGAAGAAGAGUGAGAUGAAGACUAAGCUUAAACUUGUUGACAGGAAAAUAUAUUUCAUGAUGUGCUGGGUUUAUGGACAACCAAAUGAAGCUUGGACUUCAUUGGCAACCCUUGUUGAAAUGGAAAAGGGUGCUAUGGCUGAAGUUUAUAGUGGAGGUAAAAGUAAACCAAUUAAUAUCAAUGGUGAACAGGAAUCCAAAAACAAGGUUUUCAUUGAGGAAGUUAAGUAAAAACUGUUUUGCCAGUCGACAUGAUCAUGUCCUACCCAGGGAAAUCACGUUGAGAAGAACAUUUUGGCUUGAGGAUCCAUACAGAAAAGAGUUUGGGGAGUUUUGCAGGGAAGGUUUCUUAAGUGCCACGUGGCUUUGUUAAUGGUUCCUGUGUAAAGAAUUGGCUAAUUAGGUUUUUCCUUUUCUAGUUUUUUAAUUUCGUUCUUCUCUUCCCUUUUUUUAUACUUGGGGAUCUCCGACCUAACUGGAACCAUUAGAUUAUAUACCCAAAAUCCAAAUUCUUCUUCGUUCUCUGAUUUAUUUACAAAGUUCAGAUUUUUUA